AUGUUUUUGAGAAAGCAGUUAUGGAUUACAAGGUCGCCAUUUUCCGUUCUAAAAUGCUACGUUCGACACAUAUCUACUGCCUCUACAAGGUUUGAUGCAGCUACUAAGUUUAACGAAGAGUCGCCAAACCCGGAAGAUGCUGCAGAUGCUACAUCCACGGUUUUAACUGAGGCUGUAGAUUUUCAGAAAAGAAUACAAUCGAAAAACAGAUUAACUUGGUGGGAAAUUCUUCGGAGGCGGUCAGAAAGAAUUAGGAAUGGUACCCACAGUGAUUCUGAUACUUUGAAUGGUGUUAAAACUACUGCAAUCACUCAGAAAACAAGAGGUGAUUCAUUUUCGUACAUCUGCCUCCCAUUCAAAGAUGAUCUAUUUUUGAGGGACUUUUAUAUCAAUGCGCCGGGAAGACUUAGAUUUGGACAUUUAUUUCAAGAUUUGGAUGGAUUGGCGGGACGAGUGGCCGCCAGGCACUGCAUGCCUGCAGAGCCGAUGAAUGUUACUGCAUCAAUUGAUAGAAUAUACGUCACAAAAAAGAUUGAUGAAAUAAACAAAUAUAACUUUGUAUUAGUGGGCUAUGUCACAUACACGGGCCACUCUUCAAUGGAAAUAUGUAUUAAGGGCUUCUCUUAUACUGGGCUUAUACCUAAAAAAAUCACACCUGAAAUUGUGAAUACGGAUGCCGAUAAAUGCUUUAUUUCUGCUAACUUUACUUUUGCCGCAAGAAAUCCAAUUACUCACAGGGCACAUAACAUCAAUAAAAUACUACCCACGACGGAAAAGGAAUGGGCAGACUACAAGAGAGCCGAAUCGCACAACGCUGCAAAGAAACUACGUGCCAAAUCAGAAAACCUAAACAAGGUUCCUCCUACAGGCAAAGAAUCCCAGAUGAUUCAUAACAUGUAUAUGGCAGGAAAAGCUGUCAAAGCCUUAGAUAUCAAACCGGGAAAUAUUUCUUUUAUGAGUGAUACAAAGGUUUCAGCGACACAGAUUCAACAGCCUCAGUAUAGAAAUAGGAAUGGUUUCAUAUUCGGAGGAUAUUUGUUAAGACAAACGUUCGAAUUAGCUUACUGUGCUGCUGGUGCCUUCUCACGAGCUGCACCGAGAUUUGUAUCUUUGGAUAAUACUACAUUUAAGGCGCCAGUUCCAGUAGGAUGUGUUCUUUUUAUGGAUGCUGAGGUUUGCUACACGGAACACGUUCAUGAAAAAGGUGAAAAUGCAGCAUCAGCUGUAGAGCUUAGUUCCUUGAUGCAAGAUUAUGAUACUGCGGCAAACCAUGUUAGCAAGGACCUUCACGAAUUAAUUAGUUCUCCAGGAACUUUAAUUCAAGUCAAAGUUGUUACUAAGACGAGAUCAUUAAGUGAUGCUAGACAUUUUACUGAGAGUGGUAAUUUUGUUUAUUCUUUCUUUGUGCCAAGAGAUGCUUCGGGAACAUUUGAUUCACCCGGCUAUUCCUCUGUUAUUCCUGUGAGUUAUGGCGAGAUGAUCGAUUAUGUAGAAGGCAGAAGAAGAGCGUACGAAACUGCGGAUUACGCACAGCAACUCAAAAUGAACGGGGAAAUGGAGUAUUAA